AUGCGGCGGGAAGAUCUGCUGCAGGCACUGUUGGUCCGCUUUGUCGACCCGCAGCGGGAGGAGCAGGACUGGCAGCUGAUUGCCGCCCUCUUCUACUCGCUCACCAAACUUCUUCUCCCCGCUCAGCGUCUGGAGCAGUUGUACUACCAAUACCUCCAAUCUCAUGGUGGGCGGGCUGCGAUGGAGGCCGCCUGCAAGGAAUACGAAUUGCAGUUACAAACACGGCUUCGACAACGCGCCGCUAACGCUGAGGGGCCUAAUGUUACAGUGGCGAUGGGGGGUCAUCGCGUGAGUUCUGGCUCUGUGGUUUCACCGCGUGGUGCUGCAGGUGGGUUUUUGCCGCCUAUCACAACCGGUCUUGGCCCUUCACCGAGCGGCAGCAGCGGCGGUGCUGGCGUGACCGGUGCGGGGGGUGGCGGCACCAUGGCGCGCCUUUUCACUUCCUUGCCGGCGGGCGGCGCGGAGGGCACAGACGACGGCAGUUUUCCCGUUGGCGCCGCACUGCAGCAACUGACGGCGGAACAGCGCAAGCGCUGGCACCGACUGCGCCAGGAGCCCAUCAGCCCUGAUGUUCUCAUUGCGCUGGUGCAGAGCUUUACUUUGGUGGAAGGUGCUGCAGUGUUUUUGGCCCCUGUGUGCCCGUCGACGGUGAUGGAGUUCAACGGCAUUUCUUCCGGUCCAUACGCUGAGGUCGUCGUGCGCCCGCUCUCUCUAAUGGGUAUCAAAAGUCGUGUCUUGGCCGCGCGCCGCGACUAUGAACUCCGCAAGCGUCAGACGCAAACCAAUCCUUCCCCAGCCAGCACCGACACAAACGCAACAACGCGAAAGCGGGGGCGACCCCCAGCGUCGACAGUCGCAAUGGUGGAAACGAGUGAAGCAACAGGUGCGAACGCCGGGGUGAGUGAUGACAAGGAGGCGAUUCGGACACUACAGGAGCUUGAGCGGGCUGUUUGGCAUAUCGCCGCUAACUGUGUCGUCUUUAACGCUCCGGAGUCUUAUUACCCCUUAACGGCUAGGCAAUUUGCCGUUGCGUGCAUGGAGAUUAUUGAUGGGUACUGCUUGCAGCGAGUGUUGGGUGCGUGA